AUGUCAUUAUUAGGGGAUGGUACCAAGAAGGGGGAUGUUGAGGUCAUUCCAACCUCAGCCUAUGUAGACAUGUGGGACAGUCCUCCUUUGCGAAUGAAUUGUACUUUCCGAUUGAAAAACGAGUCAGUUUUUGGCGACCGCGGCAGGACUCCGGAGGUGGCUGGGGCGGUUCGCGAGCUGAUCCACUCCACGCCGGCACCAGGUGAUUCCUGGGGAGUCAUCGACCCGCGCCCGACCCCGCGCCUGACGGACAACUGUAACAGGCGCCGACCGUUAGACGCGGCGAAAGCUGCGCAGGAUCGGCACUUGCCCCUCGCGGCGUCAAGAAGUGGCAAGUUUGGUAAGUCUAAGGCAGCUCAACCAGUAGUGGUUGAGCUAAAGGAGGGAGUCCAACCGGUAAGGAUUAGACAAUAUCCGAUUAAGUUAGAAGCUAGGAAAGGAGUAGCCCCCAUGAUUGCUCAAUUCUUAAUCCAAGGUAUUUUGCAAGAAUGUGAGUCAGAAUUUAAUACCCCAAUUUUUCCAGUACGAAAACCCAAUGGUAAAUAUAGGUUAGUUCAGGAUCUGAGAGCUAUAAAUAAUAUAACCAAGGAUAUCCACCCAGUGGUGGCAAACCCCUAUACUUUGUUAACAUCUGUGUCUGAAAGAUUUCAAUGGUUUACAGUAAUUGAUUUAAAAGAUGCUUUCUUCUGCAUCCCUCUGGCAUUUGAAAGUAGGAAAUAUUUUGCAUUCGAGUGGGAAGACCCUGACUCUGGCCGGAAGAAACAGCUUACUUGGACACGACUUCCGCAAGGAUUCAAGAAUUCCCCCACAAUAUUUGGGAACCAGUUAGCCAAGGAAUUGGAGGAAUGGAAAACAACACAGGUAAAAGAAUCUCCCUUUUCUCAUGUAAUACUUCAAUAUGUAGAUGACAUUUUCCUGGCCACAGAAGAAAGGGACAUUUGCCUAAAUUUAACUAUAAGCUUAUUGAACAUGCUAGGCCAGGCUGGAUAUCGGGUCUCGAAAGAAAAGGCCCAACUCAUCCGGACAAGUGUGUUAUAUUUGGGCUGUGAAAUAACACAAGGAGUAAGGCGAUUAGGAGCAAAUAGAAUUGAAGCCAUCUGCACCAUACCUAUUCCCCGAAAUCAUCAGGAACUAAGAUCCUUUCUAGGAAUGGUAGGAUGGUGCCGGCUGUGGAUACCGAAUUUCGGACUCCUGGCCAAACCCUUAUAUGAGGCACUAAAAGAGACACAGUUACGGUGGGACAAGCCACAGCAGAAUGCAUUCCAAGGGCUAAAGCAAGCACUAAAAGAAGCCCCGGCAUUGGGACUACCUGAUUUAACUAAGGACUUUCAAUUAUAUGUAAAUGAGAGACAGAGACUGGCUUUAGGAGUACUCACGCAAAAGUUGGGAUCAUGGAAGCGUCCGGUCGGCUAUUUUUCGAAACAACUAGAUGCAGUCAGCUCUGGAUGGCCGUCCUGUUUGCGAGCCGUGGCAGCUACUGUACUAUUGAUUCAGGAAUCAAGAAAAUUGACUUUGGGUAAGAAAAUAGAAGUGUUUGUGCCUCACAUGGUGAUAACAGUUCUGGAACAAAAAGGGGGGCAUUGGUUGUCCUCCAGCAGAAUGUUGCAAUAUCAAGCAAUAUUAAGGGAACAAGAUGAUGUUGAGCUAAAAGUAACUAACCAUAUCAAUCCAGCAGAAUUUCUCCGCAGUGAGCAGGAAGAAGGCGAAUUGACCCACGACUGUGUGGAAGUCAUUGAACAAGUCUUCGCUAGCCGCACUGACCUGAAAGACGUGCCAUUGGAGUCUCCGGACUGGGAACUGUUUACAGAUGGAUCCAGUUUCGUCGAGAAUGGGACCAGGUAUGCGGGUUAUGCGGUGGUAACGCUCCUCCAGGUCGUGGAAGCUAAAGCCCUCACCCCGGGAACAUCAGCGCAGAAAGCAGAGAUUGUGGCUUUGAUUCACGCCUUGGUUUUGAGUCAAGGAAAGAAGGUAAAUAUAUGGACUGACUCUAAAUAUGCAUUUGGAGUUCUGCAUGUCCAUGGAGCAUUAUGGAAAGAAAGAGGACUGUUAAGUUCUCAAGGGACAUCUAUAAAACAUCGAAACGAAAUCCUAUCUCUUUUGGAUGCUGUGCAUAAACCAGCUGCAGUAGCAGUAAUGCAUGUGAGAGGACAUCAGAAGGAAGAAGGAAAAAUCUUCCAAGGAAAGAAUCUAGCAGAUGCUACUGCUCGGAAAGUGGCACAGCAGAAGCCCAAUUACUCCUUAGAAGAUGAAAGACUGGCCAGACUUGUGAAUGCCCAGAAGAACGCGUUAGGGUGGUAUGUGACCGACAUAGGUCUGUAUAAAGAACAAUCCUGUAGUGAGGAAGCAGAUUCAAUUAGGAAAAUUACAGUCCAUGACAUCCAACCAGGAGACCGGGUGUAUGUAAAGAACUGGAGCACGGACCCCUUGAAGGAAUCAUGGGAGGGUCCACGUCAGGUGAUUAUGACAACCUUCACGGCGGCAAAAGUCGAGGGCAUCAACAACUGGAUCCACUACACCCGGAUCAAGAAAGUCCCUACUCAUUGGGAAGUGCAGCCACUGUCUUCCACCAAGAUGGUUAUUCGAGCCAAACCCACCGACCCAAGGCCUACAUCUUAA